AUGAGUGACGUUGAUUUUCUAUCAGAACCGUCUACGGACGAUGAUAGUGAUAAUGAUGAUGAUGAUGAUGAUGAUGAUGAUGAUGAUGAAAAUACAACAUCGAACGCUCAAAUAUCUACUGAUGAAGACGAAAGUUUAUGAUCUUCUGAAGAUGAGCAAAAUGAUGAAAUUCUAUCGAUUGAUGUUCAGACAGAUCCAACUUUACAAGAAAUUUGUGUAUUAAUUAAACGAGUUCGUAGAUUCGUCAGUCUUGUUCGUAAAUCAUCAAAUCUACACGAAUACGUUCAGCAACAAAAAAGGGAAAAGAAAUUAUCUGGUGAUGUAAGUAAUUGUUUGUAUACUAGAAAUAUAGUGUGUCAAUUUGAAAUUGAAAGCCUAUGGAUAGUGAAUACCAUCAGGAUUAGAACUGAAAAAACUUUACUAAUUAUAUCGCAAAUUGUAAAAUCGGCAGAUAAAUAACAUGUACUUUAGUGCCUAUUCGGUUUGUAGAGCCUGUAAGAAAUUUAAAAUAAUCUUAAUCUAAAUAACGCACGAGAGUUAUUGACUUUCUUGAAAAACAAAUACUAGCAUGCAUAAUAUCAAGAAAAUUUAGCGUACACAAUGUAAUAUAAUAAUGGCCUCAUUCGCGACACACGGUUUCAAACACGUUAGCAGAAUUUCAACCAAUUCGAAGUCUAAUCCAAGUACAAUCAUUGUUUCAAAACUGUCUAAAAAAUCCUGGGAGUACUAUUUAGUCAUUUUUAAAGGUUUCAUACUUACUUC